GCGCUAGAUGUCUAGCUCACAGGUCCGCUGUGAGGCGAAUUUGUUUACUUCCGCCAUUUUGAAUAGUGGCAAAAAGGAACUUGCUCCAUACCGAGCCCUUAUAAAUUUGGUAAAAGUAAGGAUUGAUUUCGUUCACUUCUCUUUCGAAAAUCGAUGUGAAAUUUGGUUUAGAUUUUCAAAUCUCCAAGAGCUGCCUUUCCCAAAUUCAUUCAUCAACCCAGAAAUUGAAGCAAUCCAGCAUCUUUGGGAUGGUUUUUCCAAAAGAGAAAUUAAAGAAUUCAGUGACAUAAAGAAGCCAUCAUAUGUGUAUUCUUUACCUGAUCACAGUUUAUUCAUUUCAAGCUUUUUAACAGACGAGGUAUUAUAUGUCAAAGAUAGCAGAGAUUCCUCGUCACAAGUUCUGACAUUUGCUAAAGGACAUGGCCUAGACGGCCCUUGGGGAAUAGCUGUUGAUUCAGACUUUGUUUAUAUCGCAAGCUUUACCACUGAUCAGAUUCACAAAUAUGAAAAAGUAUCUGGCAGAUUCAUAUCAGUUUUUGGCAAUGAAAAUGAGCUGGACUGUCCAGAGGGAAUGGCAUUUGGUCCGAAUAAAACUCUCUAUGUUGCAAGUUUCCUGAAUGAUCAAGUUGUUAAGUACACUCAGGAGGGACAGUAUCUUGGAGUGGUUGCUGAUCAAUCAAAAGGACUCAAAGGCCCUGAAGGUGUUGCAUUCCUAAGAAACGGGACGCUGUUGGUCAGCAGUCAUUACACAGAUAAUGUCAUCAUGCUUGAUCCAGUGACAGGGAUCUUUCUUGGUGAAUUUGCACAUGUGGAAAAACCAGUUGGAAUUAUCACCGGACUCGACGGACACGUGUACGUCACUAGUUAUGUCACAAAUAGCGUCAUGCGAUUCAAUGGCAAAACAGGAAAAUUCAUUGACGUGUUUGCAUCAAGUGAUGGCUUGCGUGGCCCUUCAAGCAUCAGUUUCGCUGACAGCCGGUCUCUGUAUUGUGCAAGUUACGACAAUGACAAAAUCAUACUGUUUAACUCAACCUCUGGGGUUUCUCUGUCCCUCUAUAGCAAAGAACUCAAACCACGAGGUAUUUAGUCUAGUCAACUUUCAAUUGAAAUAUGUUUAUACGGACUGAAAUAUAUAUAUUUAUGUUAGAAUUCAAAUAUAAUGAAUUUGUCUCUUGACUAAA